AUGGGUCUUUCGUACGAAGCGAUCGUCGUCAUCGUCCUCAUUGGCUGCAUCGCUGCUGUCCUUAUCGGUUAUUCCGUACAUUCUCUCGCAACCAACGGGUUCCAGGAUGAUGAACAAAAGCUUGAAAUACCAUAUGAACAAAAGAAAUAUAUGCGGGAACACCGGCUACGCAACAUACACUGGCUCGCUCGGGAGGCCCGUGGUGGAAGAGGUGAUCGAGACGUUGAAUCGGCCUUUUCUAUUAGCGAGGAACAUCGUGGUUGA